AUGGUCUGUAGCAGAAAAGACGAAGUGACAUGGAAUCGAUCCGCCGGCCGAAAGAGCAGAGCUGCUGAAGAUACUGGCAACAAGUGGGCCAGUUGCACUGACAAGCUGCUGAUCCGAGCAGAUCGAAACAGCCGAAACACCCGUUGGCCUGUGACGUCCAGGUUGGCAGUGAGAGGGGCCAGCGGGUACGUCGAGCAGUGUCUGGUUGCCCGAAGGAGACGCUGUCGAGCCUUUGAUGGUCCGAGCAAGAUCAAGACAGGAAGCUCUCCACCAUGA